CCCAAAUCGGCCGGCCAGACUUCCUGUCAGCCAUCAGCCUAAAGAUGAUUAGCAGGCCACAAGUCAAAGACAGCACGAAGGGGGAAGCGUGCAACCCAACGUGGCCCUACAUAUAGCACGCCCCCUCCCUCCACAACAACUUCAUCUACACUCCUCCGGCCGACAUCUUUCAACCGCAAGAGUUUGCGUGAGUCUAGCGUUGGCCCGGCUGUAACGGAAGUGACGUCACAUUGCACACGUGGAUCCAAGACUGCAGGUCCCGGAAUCAAGAUGGGCUUCUUUCGCCUGCUUCGCACGGCGGCGGCUCUGGCCGCGUCGAUGCUGUCGCUGCACGCCCCUGCCGCCAGCGCGCAGUCAUGGUCCAGCGAUAGCACCAGCUACCACUACGAAUCGACGUGCUCGACGGGCUACGGCAGUCCGGGCGCGACGCCGCUGCCGACCGACUAUGAGCGGUUCCCCGAGACGACCACGUCGAUCGCGCCGCUCGUGACGGCCGACGUGACCGACUACGUCACGGCCGACACGACCACUCCCUUCGUGACGACGACGUGGCUCGACAUCUACGUCACGACCACUGUCACGGUGGUCGCGACCAGCACCACCACCACCGGGACUAAAUUCGCCACCCUCACCACCACCACGACCGUGUGCGCCGGCGCCGGCUCCGGCUCCGCCGCUGCCCCCGCGACCACCGCGACCGUCUACACUGGCACGUACGACCCGGCACCGGGCCAGAACACCACGCUGCCGGCGACGUUCCCGACCGCCGUGUUGUGCGUCAUCCACGACACGCAGCUCGUCUUCGUGUGGCCGACAGCCGUAGGCACCAACACGGUCACAUCAACCUACACACCCUCCACAGCGGCCGAGACCAGCACCAUCACCAACACGUACACGCGGACGCUGUACGCGUACGACCCCAGCACGGUAGUCAGAACGGCGACCUCGUACGCCGUCGCCAACGCCGCCAAGACCGCGACCGUCACGGCUGACUGCGGCCCCGCUGCCAUCCCUACGGUCACGUACGCGGCGCGCUGCGCGCCGCAGAACCUGCUCGCCGAGGCCAACGGCCACGGGCUCGACGUGACCAACUUCAACGCAGCGUUCGUGUUCGGCGGGACGUCGGAGCUCGCGCCUGGCGACCCUAGCCGCUGCUGCCAGCUGUGCGUCGACAACGCGGCCGCCGGCUGUGUGGCUUCUGUCUACUGGGCGCAGAGCAGCUCGUGCCUGCUCGGCUAUGUCGGCGGCCCCGAGACGUGUCCUGUCGCGUUCGACUACUCUGCCCCUGAUUAUAUUUUGCCGAGGUUGGGGAAUAUCGUGCAGACGAGCGGCGGGUGUGGGAGUAUUAAGUUUGUGUCGGCGCCUUGAUUAAAACUGUGGGAUGGGUGGGGGCAGACUUGGGAGUUUGGGGGUGGCCGGUUGAAGGCUUGGAGACGAGCUUCUGUUGUUGGAUUCGGGACACGCCUAAAACUACAUUUAAAACUGCAUGAGUAUCAGGUAGAAUCUAGUCAGCUGGGGGCUUCAUUUGAUGGGGCUUUGUAAUAAAUGAUUAUCUCAUGAGUUGUAGAGUGACCAGUUGCUCCUCACCCUAAAACCAAAGAAUUAAAAGAAAA